AUGGAAGGUGGUCUCAUAUGCAAAGUGUGUAGAAACCAGUCACCAGUGCCAACAAAUGCUCAAGCAAUUCGGUGCCAUGGAUGCCAAAGAAUUAUUCCAACAGGCAUCAAACAAGAGAUAGAUCCGAUUGGGACAAACCAACUUUCAGGCCAUGAACAAAGCAAUGUAACUAUCAAUGGGAAAGGCUUGGACCUUCCAUGUAUGUUGAAGCUCAAAAAUAAACACCCAAACACUGCUUCUUCUAGUAGUGAGCCACAUCCUUCUCUGGAUUUCUCACAGCCUCCACCACGAGGGAAGCGUGCUCUUCUUUGUGGAGUGACCUACAAGAACCAGAAGUUCGAGCUUAAGGGAACUAUUCACGAUGUGACAAAAAUCAGAGAUCUACUACUUGAAAGAUUCAAAUUCUCCGAAAACUCCAUUUGCAUCCUCACAGAGGAGACAACUCAACACCCAACGAAGAAGAACAUCCUAGAAGCCUUGAAAUGGCUGGUGAGGGACAACCAAGCAGGGGACUCAUUGGUGUUCUAUUUCUCAGGACAUGGAUUGCGACAACCUGAUUUUAAGGAUGAUGAGCUUGAUGGGUUUGACGAAACAAUCUGUCCUGUUGAUUUUUUGAAAGAAGGAAUGAUACUUGAUAAUGAAAUCAAUGAACUAAUUAUUAGACCACUCAAGCCAGAUGCCAAACUUCAUGCCAUCAUUGAUGCCUGUCAUAGUGGAACCGUACUUGAUUUACCCUUUGUGUAUAACAAGGAAAGGAAAGGAUGGGAUGAUAAUAGCCCUCCAUCUGGUGUCUUUAAAGGUACCAGUGGUGGCCUAGCUAUCUCUUUCAGUGCUUGUCUGGAUGAUCAACUUGCUGCAGAUACCGAUGCUUUCUCAGAAAAGCGUCUAGCAGCAUCCGGAAGGAAAAUGGCCGGUGCUAUGACAUACACUUUUGUUCAAGCAGUUAAGCAGAACCCAACAAUAACAUAUGGUGAACUGAUCAAUUCUAUGUACAAGAACAUUGAAGAAGCUCAUCGCAAAUGUCUUCAUUCUCAUUUCCUGAGUAGACUGUUUCAUCGGAACAUAUUACAGGAACCUCAGCUAUCAUCUUCUGCAAAGUUUGACGUUAACACAGAGUUUACAAUGUAAUCCUUCGUAUUGGAAAGAUCUCUUUAAUCCAUGAGGGUUAUAUGCAUUCAUAAGCGAAAAAGGUACUAUUGGCUUUCUGUUUUCAAGCAUUCUUCGCAAUAAUCUAGCUGUAUCUUUUGGAAGCAAAAGCAACACAUGAGUCUGAAGAUUUCCAACAACUACUGAAUGUGGUAUUGCCAUUAUGCAUAGCUAUAUAACAACUCCUUCGAGUUCAAAAGAGUUUGAGAAUGUGCCUUCCUUCUUCCUUAAUCUUGAUUGGAAGGCAGCAAUGUGUGAGAUGAAUACACUCAUAGCUCUUGGUUGAUGUAAUUUGUUUCCAUAUUUUUUAUCAGUUUUUGUCUUCCUUCCUUUUUAUUGUAUCAGCUCCAUCAUUGCGUGGAUUUCUCGUCUACUAAGCUGUGCUUUUUACUUUAGUUAAUGAAAUAUUUUCUGUUCCCUAUUAAAAAAAUAACUGUAUAACAAACUUCUGUAAAUGGAAGACAUAAAUUUUGAAGGCAAAAAUAU